AUGGGUAUGGAAAGCUGGCACGACAUCCAGGCCGCCGCCUCGGCUCUUCAGAUUGAAGGGCUGUCACAUAGCAUCGGCAGCAACUCGCCGACCGGCACUUUCCUCGAGGUCCUGUCCCUGCCCAGCUCCAGCAAUGGUGAGGGCUGGUCAAUGGUUGUCGAGCAGGGUUCUGGAGCCGGAUUCGACCACUUCCAGCAAGCCCAAUCCAAUGCGGCUAUUUUCAACCCUGGCCAGACUCUGCACUUGAGAACCAAUUCGGACUCGUCAGACGGCGCCAACUCUUUUGAGCUUGGCAGCUAUGAGGAGAUUGCCCCGUUCCCCAUCUCGCCCUUUUCGCCCGAGUCCGAUGGAUAUGUCGAUGCCGGAUCGCACCGCAACUGCUUCGGAGACAACCACAACCAUAGCCACGCCCACAACCACGCUCAUGCUCACACUCAUGCUCACAACCACGAUACAGUCAGCCCUGCAGCUGCCGUCCCUCCCAUGCCGAUCAAGAGCUCGACUACGCCGCCCCGCCCGACGCCCGCCAGCGGCUCCGGCGCCACGUCUCCCCCCAUUCUCACCACCGCCCGGAGAAACUCGGGCCAGAGACGGAGCCCCGUCACCGGCAAGGCUACCAAGGCUGUCAUCCGUCGCACUUCAACUGGUAAGAAGGACGGCACCGAAGUGAAGAAGGUUGGCCGCAGGAAGGGCCCUCUUCUUCCCGAGCAGCGUAAGCAGGCCAGCGAGAUCAGAAAGCUUCGUGCCUGCCUGCGUUGCAAGUUCUUGAAGAAGACCUGUGACAAGGGUGAGCCGUGUGCUGGUUGCCAGCCGUCUCACGCCAGACUCUGGCAGGUUCCUUGCACUCGCAUUGACAUCAAGGACAUCGGCUACUUCAUGAAGGACUGGAAGGCCGACUACGAACGCCACCUUGGUCGGGGUGUCUCCGUCUACAAUGUCAAGGGCUUCGCUCAGAACGAGACGGUCAUGUGGAUCACCCACGGCUACGGCUUUGCCCUUCCCGUCUACGUCCGCGAGGUUUACGUUGCCGACGAGAGCUGCUUCCAGGUUGACUGGGUUGAGUCUUGCCUGACCGACCAGGAGCCCAUUGACUUUGAGCUUCGCACCGAGAGGCUCGAUGUCGGCGCCAAGGGUGUUUCCGUUGAGGCUCUCUCCGACUACCUUGAUAAGCACAUCGAUGGUGGCUUUGAGGACUUCAUCGAGGACCACUUCGAGGGCACUCCCUUCAUCACAGAGAUCCUGAAGACGGCCCACCGCUACUACGUCAAGGAGCGUAUGCCCGUCAUUCGCAAGGCCCUCAAGCUGGUGCUCGCUUACAACCUCACCCUGCACAUCACCAUGGUUGAGAGCCAAGGCGAGGAGAUUCCCCUCGACGGCCAGAUUGACGACGAGGACUCCAAGUUCUACGGCAAGACUGUCGCCCCUGUCAUGAUCAACUUCCAGAUUAAGUGCGCCAUGGCCGACAUGUGGCGAGAGCUGCAGAAGGAGAUUCUCGAGGAGCUGUCUGCUUUGUACUCGAGCGUCUACAGCGGAGAGCGUCUCAAGAACUGGCCCACCAUCUUCAUGCUGGCCUCCAUUCUCCUUGCUGUUUGGGAGGAGAUGCAGUUCGACUGCCACUACCGCGUGCCUGACCCGGCUGCCGUUAACAAGUUCUGCAACGACAUGGAGACCACUCCCGUCGGUGUCAUUGUCGGCCUCUUCCACGCCAUCUCCCAGAAGCUUCCUGCCUUCAUGGACUGGGACACCGCCAAGCACGGCCACCUCCUGAACAACAACGUCGCUGUCUGCGAAGCCAUGACUGAAGUUCGUCAGCAUGUUAUCAAGCACGAGGCAUACCUGCGCACACGCCCUGAUGCCAGCUUCGACCGCAACGACUUUGACUGCCUGUCCAACAAGUUCCUGUCGAAGCUCGUUAUCCGGGCCAACUAA